AUGCUCGCACGUGCUACCUUCCGCGCCGCCUCGGCCCCUACCUUCGUCGCCCGCCGUGGCUUCCAGUCGACCCGCGCGCAGAUGUCCUCCCCUUACCACUACCCUGAGGGUCCCCGCAGCAACUUGCCUUUCGACCCGCUGAAGAAGGGCUUUGCCUUCAAGUACUGGGGCUUCAUGGCUACUGGCUUCUUCCUGCCCUUCCUCCUGGCUGGCGAACUUAAAAAGCCGCCAAAUCCACGAAAUAUCAGAAGGAUGCGAAACCUCAAGAUCGUGGGAAGGUCGCUCCUGCAGUUUUCUGGGGAAGAUCCGUUGCCCCUCACUGCGACAGCAUGGGACGCUGCGUCAAAUUCGCUGAUAUGCGCCUUUGGACCAUCUGAGUCACGUGCAGCCAUCGAACUCAAGAGACUACACUACACACGCAGCGGCGCCGAAGACCGACUGGAAAGCAUAGCUGCAUGGGAUGCACCGUGUCCACUACCGUCGCUUACGCACGACUCGAUAUUGAGCCUACACCAUUUCGCGGACACAACGACAUCAUGCCUAAUCCUAGCUGGCGGCGACAUCAUCCUGGUUCGAGAGAAUCCACUUGCGAACGAAGAACUGGUUGAGAUUGUGGGUUCAGUUGAUGCUGGUAUUGCCGCUGCAGCAUGGUCACCGGAUGAAGAACUUCUCGCCAUCACCACACAUGCGGACACUCUCCUCCUUAUGAGCCGAGACAUCGAGAACAUCGCAAGCAUCACACUCGCACCGGAAGACGUAAACGUCUCAAAUCAUGUCUCUGUUGGAUGGGGAAAGAAGGAAACGCAGUUCAAGGGCAAAAGAGCGAGGGCACUACAAGAUCCUACCGUACCCGAGCACAUAGAUGCGGGAGAGUUGAGUCCGUUCGACGAUCGAUCCGUCACCAUUAGCUGGCGAGGAGAUGGCGCGUACUUUGCGUUGACGAAGGUCGAGCAGGAGCAACGCCGCAUGAUUCGAGUGUACUCAAGAGAGGGCCAGUUGGACAGUGUGAGCGAGCCAGUGGAUGGACUUGAGGGCGCACUCAGCUGGCGGCCUUCCGGCAAUCUCAUCGCCAGUGUUCGUCGCACCAGCGAUAAGCUCGAAGUCGUCUUUUUCGAGCGAAACGGGCUUCGUCAUGGUCAAUUCGAUCUACGCUUUACGCAAGAAGAGCUUGCGGCUUUGAUCACACCGCUGACCUUGAAGUGGAACAGCGAUUCGAGUGUGCUUGCAGUGUCGCAUCCAGACAAGGUACAGCUCUGGACAAUGAGCAACUAUCACUACUACCUCAAGCAAGAGCUGGUAUUUCCUGAAACAGCGACACAGACAGCCUUGUGCGCAUGGCAUGCUGAGCGACCACUCGCGGUUGCCAUCUCGACACCAGGCGCGCUACAGAUCGCCGAGUUCUUGUCCGCUGCAGCGACCGGUUCGAUCGCCCCACCAAACGACUACGGCCUCGUUGCUUCGAUUGACGGCUUGUCCUUGAAGCUUACACCGUUAAGGGUUGCCAAUGUACCACCACCUAUGGCCUUCUGUACGUUGUCGUUGGACCACAAGCCCACCGAUGUCGCACUUUCCAAGUCUGGCACAAGGCUUGCAGUCCUCACGCACAGCCAUCUAGCAGUGUAUGGACUCGAUGUAACUAAGCGACCGAUAUCGAGGCCAUCACUUUUGUGGCAGAGUGAUGCACUUGAGGGGCAGUCCGCACGCCAUGUUACCUUCGUUGACGAUGAGCAACUGUAUGUGUUGACAGACAGCUGGGCCGAUGACGAGAACUUGCUAUGGAGAAGCGAGGGCCAGACGCUUCUUCCGCAGGGUACCAUCGUAGAGGCAGACAGUGUGUCGUCGCUCACAAGUAGUGUGGACUAUCGAAGCCUCUAUCUGCAGUUGCAGAACGGUGCAUUACACCGGAUUGACACGAACGAGGCAGCAUCGGAUCUGCCACCGCAGACUACGUUGAUGCAGAAAUUCCCUGCAUUCGCACCUGAAGCCAAGGUUGUCACCAUAGACGGACAGAAUAUUGCGUUCGGUCUCACCAAAAGCGGUGUGCUCUUUGCCAACGACCGCGUACUCGUCCGCAACUGCAUCUCAUUUGUCGUUACACCGGCUCAUCUCAUCUUUACAACUACACAGCAUCUUCUCAAAUUCGUGCAUUUGACAACACAAGAUGAACUCGAAGUACCGGGAGAUGAGCCACAAACAGAUGAACGCUGCCGAAGUAUCGAGCGUGGCGCGAAGCUAGUAACCGUGAUGCCAACAACCUACUCGGUGGUCCUACAGAUGCCACGAGGUAACCUCGAGACCAUCUACCCUCGAGCGCUUGUGCUUGCGGCGAUAAGACGCAGUGUCGAGGCUGAUCAGUACAGCGACGCGUUCUUUGCGUGCCGUAAUCAGCGCGUGGACAUGAAUAUUCUGCACGACCACGACCCUGAGCGUUUCAUGAAGAGCAUUGAGCUGAUCGUCACUCAAAUCAAGAAGGUUGAGCACAUUGACCUGUUCCUGUCGCAGCUCCGAAAUGAGGACGUGUCAGAGACAAUGUACCGCGAAACACUCAAGACUAAGGACCUCGUAAACAAGUCAAAGCUAUCACAGGAUCAGGUUGCGAACAAGGUCAACCGCAUUGCCGAUGCAUUCCUUGCUGUGCUGGAGCAACAGCAGUAUAAAGACGAGCAUCUACAGAACAUCAUCACAUCUCACGUUUCCAAGGUGCCGCCUGCUUUGGAAGCUGGACUCGAGAUGGUCGGCAGGCUACAGUCGUCCCAAGACCCUCUCACAGAUAAAGCUGCCGAGCAUAUCUGCUUCCUUGCCGAUGUCAACCAGCUCUACGAUACUUCACUGGGAUUGUACAACCUCGACCUUGCUCUACUGAUUGCUCAACAGUCGCAAAAGGACCCUAGAGAGUACCUUCCUCAUCUGCAGUCGCUUCAAGAUCUCACCGAUGUCCGACGGAAGUUCCAAAUCGAUGAUCAGCUUGGCCGACGCGCCAAAGCGCUUACACAUCUCAAAGAACUUCAGGCAUUCGACGAAGCGCAAGAAUACAUCCAGAAGCAUGCUCUGUACACUGAGGCCUUGGACAUGUAUCAGUACGACUCAGCGCACUUGAAGAAGAUUAUGCGUCUCUACGCCGACUACCUCAGCAGCACAAACAAGCACAAAGAAGCUGCUCUCGCAUACGAAUACCUGUCCGACCACGCCUCAGCCUGGCCCAGCUACCGCUCCGCCAAUCUCUGGCGUGAAGCGCUCUCCUCCGCAACGCUGGCCGGUAUCUCCGACGAAGAGCUAUCAGACCUUGCCUCCUCGCUGGCCGAAGGCCUUACCGAGUCUAAAGACUACCAUUCUGCAGCCACAAUCACCCUCGACUACCUUUCCGACCUGCCCUCCGCUGCGAAGCUCAUGUGCCGCGGACAUCACUUUGCAGAAGCCGUUCGGCUGGUUAUCCUCCGCCGCGAUCCCUCCCUCAUAGAAUCUGUCAUUGACCCAUCCCUUGUCGAGCGCAGUGCAGACAUGACCGAAUUUCUCGCCGACAUGCGAUCACAAUUGCUCGCUCAAGUCCCUCGUCUACAAGAACUACGCACCAAGAAGGCAGACGACCCAAUGGCAUUCUACGACGGCAUGGACGGCAUCAACAAUAACAUCCCUGAUAAUAUAUCCCUCGCCCCCACCGACACAACAAGCGGCGGCACGUUCAUGACGCGAUACACAAAACAGACCGGUACAGUCAACACGACCGCUACGCGCAAGACCAGCAAGAACAAGCGUCGCGAGGAGCGCAAGCGUGCAAGAGGCAAGAAAGGAACAGUCUACGAAGAGGAGUACCUCACAAACUCUAUCGAGCGCCUCAUCGAACGCAUCAACAGUAUGCAAGAUGAUAUCCAGCGCUUAGUUGAGGGUCUUGUGAAGAGAGGCAUGAGAGAGCGUGCUGAUGCGGUGAGUCGGGCGCAUCAGGAUGUUGUCGAGAGGUGUAGGGAUGCUGUCAGGGAGAUGUAUCCUGUGGACCCUGAGACGGCGAAGAAGGUCGAGGAUGGUGUUGAGGGCAUAGAUGGGACGCUGAAGCCGACGGGUGGGGAUGCGACGUUGUGGGAUAGCUUGCAGGAGGUGGAGAGGAAAAGGGAAGCGCCGGUGGUUAAGGGGUUUGACAGGCUGAGCUUGUUGUGAGAUGGACGCGACUACCUUAGUUGGAUGCAGGAAGGAGGCGCGGACGGUCCAC